AUGAGUGGGCGAACCUUCCUUCGCGGUACAACUGUCCGCAAGAAUGCGUCGGGCGCAACAACGCGUGCUGGGACGCCUCAUACAGCUCAGGCCGGGAAUGCAAAUAUAUACGGCGGUGGCGUCAAAGACCCAACUGGUAGAACGCCGGAGUAUUCGAGUAUGGAUGACCAAUGUCCCGUAUGCAAAUCCGAUAGGUAUUUGAAUCCGAAGCUGCGGCUACUCGUCAGCACGUGCUACCACAAGAUGUGCGAGUCGUGUAUUGACCGCCUGUUCACUCUCGGUCCUGCGCCAUGUCCGAUAUGCAACAAGAUCCAGCGCAAGAUGGCAUUCACGCCGCAGACGUUCGAGGACUUGACUGUGGAGAAGGAGGUAGCGGUACGGCGGCGUAUGGCUAAAGAGUUCAACAAGAAGCGGGAAGACUUCGAUGACCUACGACAGUACAAUGACUACCUAGAGAUGGUCGAAGAUAUUGCUUUCAAUCUCAUCAACGACGAGAACAUCGAGGAGACUGAGGCUCGCAUAGCGAAGUUCAGAGCAGAGAAUGCCGCCAUUGUCGCUCGCAACGCCGAACGUGAUGAGGCUUACGCUCAGCAGUUGAAGGAGCAGGAGGCAGAGGAGAAACGACAGAGGGCCGCGCGUGCCGAGGAGCUACGUGCAGCCGAGGAGGCAGAACGAGCGGCUCGCGAAGCCGAGCGGCGGGCGCUCAUUGACUCUCUCGAAGCCUCGGACGCAGAUGCCGCGCGCUUGGUGCACAAGGCGCGCAGGGAGGCCUUGAAACGUGCCGCGGCACGGACGGCUGCCGCACAAGAGAACGUACGGCAACAAAGCAACGCACAACUUUUGCGUCAACGCGCUGCUGCUGCCAAAGCUACGCCCGAUGAGCCACAUGUCCCGAUAAACGACCGCUGGUACGCGCAUGAGGACAUGUACGAGCGGCUGCCGACGUACUUCGACCCGCAAAGCGAGGCGGUCAGGAAAGACCGAGAAGGCGUCAUGCGCGCAGGCGGCUAUCGCGUCGAAGAGGCUUGGGAGCGUGCUCUGAGAUCAUCCGUUGCUGGACUAUCGAUAGCACCGCUCGUUGGGCUCGGGGUCGACAAGGCCGGAGACGCCGUCAUGAGCGAGGCGUGA